UUUGCUUUCUGUCCACUCUGAAAAAGGUGAUGGAGAAGACAGAAUUGCAGGGGACAGGGCACCUUUCGUUUCAUUAGGAAUAGCCAUUAAAAUGUGUGAAAUGUGGAAUAUGCUUCACUGAAUGAGCACACAUAGUUCACAUACACGAACACAAAAAGGAAAGAACUCACUUAAAGGUAUGGAGUGUGGAAACAGCAUCUGUUUCAAUGCAAAACUUAGAACACACCAGCGGACUCACACAGGGGAAAAACUAUAUUUAUGUAUGGAGUGUGGAAAGAGCUUUAAUGAUAGUGGAAGCCUUAGAAGACAUCAACAUCAACGGACUCACACAGGGGAGAAACCAUUUGAAUGCAUGGAGUGUGGAAAGAGCUUCAGUUUCAAUGCAACCCUUAGAACACAUCAACGGACUCACACAGGAGAGAAACCAUUUCAAUGUAUGGAUUGUGGAAAGAGCUUCAGUCAAAGUGGACACCUUAGACAACAUCAACGGACUCACACAGGGGAGAAACCGUUUCAGUGUAUGGAGUGUGAAAAGAGAUUUAGUGAUACUGGAAGCCUUAGAAGACAUCAACAGACUCACACAGUGGUGAAACCAUAUAAAUGCAUUGAUUGUGGAAAAAGCUUCAGUCAGAAUGCAGACCUUAAAAUACAUCAACGAAUUCACACAGGGGCGAAACCAUUUAAAUGCAUGGAGUGUGGAAAGAGCUUCAGUCAGAGUGGAGACCUUAAAUAUCAUCAACGGACUCACACAGGGGAGAAACCAUAUAAAUGUAUGGAGUGUGGAAAGAGCUUCAGUCGGAGUGCACACCUUAGAAAUCAUCAACGGAUUCACACAGGGGAGAAACCAUAUGAAUGUAUGGAGUGUGGAAAGAGCUUCAGUCAGAGUGGAGUGCUUAGAUAUCAUCAACGGACUCACACAGGGGAGAAACCAUAUGAAUGUAUGGAGUGUGGAAAGAGCUUUAAUAUAAGUGGAAACCUUAGAAGACAUCAACGGACUCACACAGGGGAGAAACCAUUUAAAUGCAUGGAGUGUGGAAAGAGCUUCAGUCAGAGUGGAGACCUUAGAUAUCAUCAACGGACUCACACAGGGGAGAAACCAUAUGAAUGUAUGGAGUGUGGAAAGAGCUUUAAUGAAAGUGGAAGCCUUAGAAGACAUCAACGGACUCACACAGGGGAGAAACCAUUUAAAUGCAUGGAGUGUGGAAAGAGCUUCAGUCGGAGUGCACACCUUAGAAAUCAUCAACGGAUUCACACAGGGGAGAAACCAUAUGAAUGUAUGGAGUGUGGAAAGAGCUUCAGUCAGAGUGGAGAGCUUAGAUAUCAUCAACGGACUCACACAGGGGAGAAACCAUAUGAAUGUAUGGAGUGUGGAAAGAGCUUCAGUUAUAGUGGAAACCUGAGAAGACAUCAACGGACUCACACAGGGGAGAAAGCAUUUAAAUGCAUGGAGUGUGGAAAGAGCUUCAGUCAGAGUGCACACCUUAGAAAUCAUCAACGGAUUCACACAGGGGAGAAACCAUAUGAAUGUAUGGAGUGUGGAAAGAGCUUCAGUUAUAGUGGAAACCUGAGAAUACAUCAACAGACUCACAUCGGUAAGAAACUAUUUAAAUGUAUCGAGUGUGGAAAGAGCUUCAGUCAGAGUGGAGCCCUUACAACACAUCAACGGACUCACACAGAAGAGAAACCAUAUAAAUGUAUGGAGUUCAGAAAGACCUUUGGUGAUAAUGGAAAGCUUAGAUCACAUCAACGGACACACACAGGGGAGAAACCAUUUCAGUGUAUGGAGUACAGUAACUGCUUCACUCAGAGUGGAAAUCUUAGAAAACAUCAGCAGACACACAGGGGAGAAAGUAUUUAAAGGUAUGGACUGUGGAAGGAGCUUCAGUCAGAGUGGAACCCUUGAUUUUUGUCAA